AUGCGGCUCUCCUCCACUGUUGCAGUCGCUACCCUUUUCCUGAACGCAGAACUUGCGACAGCGAUCAACUGUACCAGAGGUCUCUACUAUUGCGGGGCAACUCUCAUCGCACUUGGAGGUAACAGAGAGAGGAUCGAUUCCGCAAUGCCAAAGUGCUCGGCUGUCAACGUCUAUCUCUACUCGCUUUUCGAAUGUCUCAGCGAUACUGGCGAGAUAAGAUUCAUCCAGACAUGCUGCAACAAGUGUAUCGACGGCGGUCUGGGACAUAGCGAUUACUGCGAACCCGUGGCACCAACUUGCCGUCCAACGUGCAGCUCUGUAACAACAACUGGAAGCACAUUAUCCGUGUCGACUACACGAAGAUCAGCUACUACCACUACUACUACAACGGCUUAA